GGGAGAGGAUUUAUGUCUCGCAAACAUACAUUUUAGUGUAGAAAAUGGCUUAGAAAAUGUAAAGGAGAUGCUUAGAACAAGCUGUGGAAUGGAGGAGUGACCGGCGGCUACUAGUCAACCAAGUCUGAGUAAGAAUGACGGAAGAAGAUACUCCAAAGCUUUACAUGGACAAGCCUAAUAAAGCGCAGCAGAAACGUAAAGCACCGCUUUCAAUGGCGCCGUCAAUGUCGACGGUGAGUAGGCCUCCUCCAUCGACCUACCGGCCACUCAAGGAAUCAUUCGCUCGUCGGUAUAAGUUCCUCUGGCCUAUGCUCUUGGCCGUCAAUUUCUCCAUUGGAGCUUGCCUCUUGUUGAUGCCAAAAAAGAGAGAGGGAGUCAUUGAGAACAUAGAAGCAUCACAGGUUUCUAGCGCCUCGAUGGUCGAUGCUGAUGCACAUAUAUCUCCUCGUUCUGAAAAAUAAGGUAGUUGAUUCAUAGUGCAAGCUGUGUGGUUGAACCAAUUAUAAGGAAAGGGAAACAAUAGCAAGUGCCAGCUGCUGUGAUGGUUAUUAGAGAGGAGAGUUUUGAAGGCAUAAAGUCCUGAAUAAAAACGAUGCAUUGAUUCAAAAAGUCCUGAAUAAAAACGAUGCAUUGAUUAGUCGGUAGGGUGGCCUUUUUUUUAACGAUGAGUAAGAAGCAAGCAGAUGAGAGCUUGCCUGUCAUUUACGCUUGGAUCAGAAUGGAUCAUAUAUGUAUACGCUAUCAUUUUAACUGACCUGUAAAUGUACAGAUGAAUUUGGUGUUCAUGUUUAAGAUCCCAAUCUAAGCUUGUUUUCUAGAAAUGAAUUAGAUUCUUAUCGUUGGUGCAACGAAGAG